AAAACUCAAUAACACGCGCCCUUGUCAGAUGGAGAUAAAAACGGUGGUCGUGGGAGACACUGACGCUGGUAAAACGAGUCUGUCCGAACGCUUUUGCUACGGGGACUCCCCAAUGAGCGCAAGCCCAACCAUCGGUGCGUCCUUCCUCCAGAAGCGGGUCUAUGUUCAGGAUGAGCAUGGAGGGGGAACUCAUAAUGUCGCAUUGCAGCUAUGGGAUACGGCGGGCCAGGAGCGCUUUCGUAGCAUGGCUCCAAUGUACUAUCGGGGUGCGACAGCUGCAAUCAUAGUCUUCGAUUCUUCCAAAGAAUUCGCUUGGGACGCAAUCAAGACGUGGCAAAAGGAUUUGUUGACAUACGCUGAGCCUGGAGUCAUCAUCGGUGUCGCCGGCAACAAGAUGGACAUGCCCAAUGCCCCUGGCUUCGACUUGGAUGCAUGUCGUACUAUAUGUGCUGACUGGGGCGCAUCUUUGCACCUUACCUCGGCAUUGACUGGUGAGGGUGUCGACGACCUUUUCUUGACGGUGGCUAAACGAAGUGCAAGCAUAGUCGCUGCCCAACAGAAACAUGCCGACUCGCUCCACGUGACAGCCUCGGACAACAUUCCUAAAGGUUCAUCCUGCUGUUCUUGAAUCUAAGGCAAUCUGUGGCAAGAAAGCUGAGCUGUAAUCGUGUGCCCAUCAUCCUGGCUCUAGCACUGACUGGGCAUGCUAUGCUGGAAUAUCUGCCCAGGCCUCAUUUACCUCGUGGGCAAUUCUCAGAGGCCGAGGUGCUUGUGCACCGGGCCAGGCAGCCGCCUACCCCUGCAAUAUGUGCUCGGUGCGCGCCCAGGUACUGGCCUCCUUGCGGCGCUCCGGGCGCGGGGGGGGGGGCGGCGCGUUCCAGUUUGGGCUUUCCUGGGGCUUUCCCGGGAGCCCGGCGCCUGAGUAAAGCCCCCAGCCGCUG